AUGUCUCUCCGGUUUGCAGUUCUCGCCGCCUUUGUUGCGACCGCCAGCGCCGUGGCCGUCGGAUAUCCCGGCCCGCUUGGUGCGUACCAUGCACCCCUGGCCGUGGCCAAGGUAGCAACGGCUGACUACGAUCCCAACCCGCAGUACAGCUACAGCUAUGCCGUGUCGGAUGCUCUGACCGGAGACAACAAGAGCCAGCAGGAGUCGCGCUCGGGAGAUGUGGUCAGCGGAUCGUACUCGCUCAUCGAACCCGAUGGCACCCAGCGCGUGGUCGAAUACACUGCCGACCCGGUUAACGGAUUCAACGCCGUCGUUCACCGCGGUGCCGGAGUGGUGAAGGCCGCGGUUCCGGUGGCUAAGUACGCUGCCCCGUUGGCUCACCCGCUGUACGGAUAA